UUGUUGACACCGUUUCUUGAUUUUGAUGGUGGGGUCAGCCCAGUGUGCACCCAGUGAUAAGAGCGUGAAGAAGGCCUAAAACCUGUGAGAAAGAAUUUACAUCCGAGGAAGUGAAAAAUGUCGACAGAAGUGUGCGCAUUUCUUACAAAACAGCAAAGCAGCAGUCCGCCGGAUGUGGCCCUGCGUUGGGCAAAACUUGAAGAGCUUUAUAAUAAGCGGUUAUGGCACCAACUCACUGUGGAGCUAUUGUCAUUUAUCAGAGACCCGUACAUGCAGAAUAAUGGUGGCCUGAUUGAACUGUACGCCAACUUUAUUCAGGACUUCGAAAGCAAACUCAACCUUCUUUCACUGGUGGAAAUUAUAUCGGCUGUUGUUGAGCAAAUGGUUGACCAUGACGAAUGCAUGACAUGUUUACAGAAAACCAAAGAGAGAGUCAAGCCAAACCCAAAGGCUGUUAUCCUGUGCAACAUUUUAAUCGGCAAAAAGCUGAAGGACAAAGGUGAUCUUGAGGCUGUGAAAAAGGUAAUCGAGGAGACGGAUCAACAGGUGGAAGCCCUUGGCGGAGUGACCGAGGUGCACGCCCGUUUUUACCAAUUAACGUCUGAGUUUUACAAGACAACUGCCGAUUACGCUAACUACUAUCUACACGCUUUGCGUUACCUUGGAUGUACCGACGUCGAGGCGAUUCCACUAGAGGAACGUCGCGAGAAAUGCUUUACCCUGGCGUUGGCCGCUUUAUUAGGUGACAAUAUCUACAAUUUCGGCGAGCUUUUAUGUCACCCGAUAGUGGCCAGUCUAGAAGGAACCCCUCGUGCUUGGGUUAUUGAGCUUCUUCGUGCGUUCAAUCAUGGCGACCUCGCGAAGUAUAAUGCACUUCGCCCGCAAUGGACGACGCAAAUGGAUCUUCAAGCUAACGAGUUGACCCUCAAGCGUAAGAUGUGUCUCUUGUGUCUCAUGGAGAUGACGCUCGAUAAGGCCACAAAUCAACGAGUAUUAACCUUCCAGGAGGUUGCAACCAGAACAACUUUACCGGUUAUUGAAGUUGAAGUGCUUAUGAUGAAGGCGCUCUCACUUGGACUUGUUAAGGGCACGAUUGAUCAGGUCGACGAAAAAAUCACGAUGACAUGGGUCCAGCCGCGAGUAAUGGACAAGGCGCAGAUUGCCACCAUGAAGCAACGACUCGAUCGUUGGUGUCAGGACGUCGCUCAGAUGGAGAUGUUGCUGGAAGAUCGAGCUUACGACAUUCUCACUGUAUAAAAUUGCCUGGCCAGAGGCACAUGAAGAAGCGAACCCUAGAAGAUAAAACCAGCGGGUCUCCCGACAGCAACAACGCCAUUUGGUUUUGUUUUUGGGCCGGCUGGAUGACACAGUUUCCAUCAGUGUAAUUGGAUGAAUUCGACUGUUUAUUGACGUAGCGUUCUGGAUAUGAGAGAAGACAAAAACUUUCGAUAAGGGAGAACUGCAAAUAGAUAAAAAAAAAAAACACAUGAAGGCCCAGAUGUAUAUUGGACUGGAGCCAGUGUCCUUGACUAAGUUCUGAUCUAAUAUAUAUAUUCUACUGUUACUGACAACUCCACCUAUGCUAAUUAGCUUCUUCUAAAUACUUGUGGGAUAUUUCUUUCUCUCGUAUACAAAUAACGCUUUUAUCUUCGAUAGAAUAAAAGACCAGUGCCAGCUUUGUCAGCAAUCUUCAACCCUCGCUAAGGAAACAAAGAAGAACAACCACGCCUUUGAGUUUAGGGUAAAGUUGGUCUUUAUUUGGACUUAAAUAACACACAAAGAAAAACGAAUAUUGUCUAUCAAAGAAACAGCUUCUAGGCCUUUUUCUAAAUUAGGCAGUUGUCCUUAAUUUGGGGUGUAACGGGGUACAGUUUGCCUUGUGAGUUUAGUUUGCAUAGGGAGACAGGUGAUUUCAGGUAUUCUAGAAUGAUGUGUGGGUGAAACAAUGAAUAGAAAAGUUAAAGAAAAGGGGAACGACAGAGAACAGACACAUAUAUAUAUAUAUAUAUAUAAAGAGAAGAUAUGUAAAAGUGGGGUAAUAUCUUUGACAAUGUGCUCACGAGAGACUGUGACAUAAAUAAAUGCAAAUCGCGCUGAUGUAAUUAUUUAAAUG